AGGAGGAGAAAAAGAAGGUGGAGCCCGCAGAAGGGGGCUGGCUCCCCCACUCCAUGUGGUCGCCGCGGGUGCGGGGGUCGUUGGGGGCAGAGGGCGGCGGCUCCCAGGGCAGCGCAUAGCUGGACCGAUUGCCCAAUACUCUGGCAGGGGCCGCGGUCGGGGCCCGGGCGGCCGAGAUAAAUAGCAGCCCAGCCGGCCGGGAGCUGCAGGGGAGAGCGGCGGCCGAGGUUCCCACCUCACCACCUGCCCGGCCGCCCAGGGCACCACGCCGGAGCUGCGCCCCGGAGCCCCCAGCGAGGCCGGGAUUCAGGACCUACAGAGAAACACCUUGACUUCGUCUUACAAUGGAACUUAAAAAGUCCCCUGAUGGUGGAUGGGGCUGGGUCAUCGUCUUGGUCUCCUUCCUCACUCAGUUUUUGUGUUACGGAUCGCCGUUGGCCGUCGGAGUCCUGUACAUAGAAUGGCUGGAUGCCUUCGGUGAAGGAAAAGGCAAAACAGCCUGGGUCGGAUCCCUGGCAAGUGGAGUUGGCUUGCUUGCAAGUCCUGUCUGCAGUCUCUGUGUCUCAUCUUUUGGAGCAAGACCCGUCACAAUCUUCAGUGGCUUCAUGGUGGCUGGAGGCCUGAUGUUGAGCAGUUUUGCUCCCAACAUCUACUUUUUGUUUUUUUCCUAUGGCAUUGUUGUAGGCCUUGGAUGUGGUUUACUCUACACGGCAACAGUGACCAUUACAUGCCAGUAUUUUGACAGUCGUCGAGGACUUGCACUUGGCCUGAUUUCUACAGGUUCAAGUGUUGGCCUUUUCAUCUAUGCUGCUCUGCAAAAGAUGCUCAUCGAGUUCUAUGGGCUGGAUGGUUGUUUGCUGAUAGUGGGUGCUUUAGCUUUAAAUAUAUUAGCCUGUGGCAGUCUGAUGAGACCCCUCCAGUCUUCUGAUUGUCCUUUGUCUGAAAAACCACCUCUGGAAAACCUACCAGAUAAAUACUCAAUUUACGAUGAAAAAGAAAAGAACCCAGAAGAAAACAUAAACAUUCUCGACAAGAGCUACUGUAAUGAGGAAAAAUGCAAGAACAUUUUAGCCAAUGGUGACUGGAAACAGGAGAGUCUCCUUCACAGAACCCCUGCAACCAUCCCACACACAGCAGAGCCUGAAACGUACAAAGAGAAAGUUGCAGAACAGACGUAUUUUUGUAAACAGCUUUGCAAGAGAAAGUGGCAAUUAUAUAAAAACUACUGUGGGGAAACUUUGGCUCUUUUUAAAAACAAAGUAUUUUCGGCACUUUUUAUCGCUAUCCUACUUUUUGACAUUGGGGGGUUUCCACCUUCAUUACUUAUGGAAGAUGUAGCAAGGAGUUCAAAUGUGAGAGAAGAAGAGUCUUUGAUGCCUCUUAUUUCCAUUAUAGGCAUCAUGACAGCAGUUGGCAAACUCCUUUUAGGCAUACUGGCUGACUUCAAGUGGAUUAAUACCUUGUAUCUUUAUGUAGCUACCUUAAUCAUGAUGGGCCUGGCCUUGUGUGCAAUUCCAUUUGCCAAAAGUUAUGCCACAUUGGCAAUACUUUCUGCAAUUGUAGGGUUUCUUACUGGUAAUUGGUCCAUCUUCCCAUAUGUGACCACGAAGACUGUGGGAAUUGAAAAAUUAGCCCAUGCUUAUGGAAUAUUAAUGUUCUUUGCUGGACUUGGAAAUAGCCUUGGACCACCCAUUGUUGGUUGGUUUUAUGACUGGACCCAGACCUACGACAUUGCCUUUUAUUUUAGUGGCUUCUGUGUCCUGCUGGGAGGUUUUACUCUGCUGUUAGCAGCCUUGCCCUUUUGGGAUACAGGCAAGAAGCAACUCCCCAAGCCAGCUCCAACAACUUUCCUGUACAAAGUUGCCUCUAAUGUUUAGAGGAAUAUUGGAAGGCACUGUAUUUGCUGUUUAAUUUUUGCUACCACAUAGCAAAAAUAUUUUAACAAAUUCUCAAAGAGUCAGGACAUUUUUCAUAGCAAAAUUUCACUGUGGCUGACUGAAUUUUUUUUUAUACAUUCAAUUCUUUAUAUGUACUGUAGAUGUCAUAUUUUUGUUUCUUUUUCCCCUCCAAGAAGUGGGACUAUUCUGUUUUCUGUCAUUCAUUGGUUCUUAACAUUGUAAAAACUUCGGCCAGCUUCUGAAGGCUUUUUCUGUGUAAAGAAGUAGUGUUUCUCUGCCGACUCUAUUUGUUCCACUGCGAGGCACUUAGAGGGGUCUCUUCUUUUUUAAUAUUGAUGCUGCCGCAUAAUGGGAUAUUGUGUGAAGGCCACUACAGAAGAAAUCACUCUCUUCUGUAUGUUAGACUACCUAGUAAAUAAACUUUAAGCCAGCCAGGAAAUUAUAGCAGAUAUUAAAAUAGCCUUAAGAAUUGCAGUGAAGCAAAGUGGUCAUUUAAAAACAAAAAAGAUAUUGUUGCUUGCAGUCACCACUUCUCAUUAUUUGUUAUUUCAUUGUUUACUUUGAUGAAGCACCCACCUGUCAUUUGGUGCCCCACGGCGGUGACGUGUAAACCAUGUCAAUUCCCUAAGGUGUUUGCCGAAAUGCAGGCAAACUCCAAGCAGCAAAGUAGUCACUGUCACCUUUCUUCAGGGUUGGCCACUGGAACCUCUCUCACUCUCGUUUGUCAGCAUCCACUCAGCUGAGGUUUCCCAAGAAGUGCCGAUUUUACCUGUUUCCAAAUUGGAAAUGCAUGUUUCAACCAUUCCAUUCUGGCAAACGGGAAGCAUCCGUUUGCUUUGGGCACAGUGGGGAUGGAUUGCAAGUCUUUGCACUUUUUCCCACUGAAGCAUUUAUUUGCUACUAUCAGAUAUUACCACUAUGAAAUUUUAAUUCAAGGGCAGAACUAAAAAGUGAAUGAGUCUAUGUGGGGGUGUGUGUGUGGGGGGGUCUGCGUGCUCUGAUUCUACGUGGGACAUGGGAAGGGGAAAAGACCAGGAAGACUUGAUACCCUCCCUUAUCCAACUUCAUCUGAUCUUAAGAAUAAUGUUCUAGGGUGGCACCUGUGGCUCAAAGGAGUAGGGUGCUGGCCCCAUAUGCCGGAGGUGGUGGGUUCAAACCCAGCCUCGGCCAAAAACUGCAAAAAAAAAGAAAAAAGAAUAAUAUUCCAGGAAGAAAAUCAUUGUUAGAUAAGUUGACAUUUUCCCCUAAAGUAGUGUGUUUUUUGUCAGAAUUCCCUAUGAAUCCUUUUAAAAAUGUAGGUACCUGAAUAUCUUGCUUAGAGAUUUUAAGUCUGUAGUUCUAGGCUGUGGUCCAAGCCUCUAUAUUGUUUAACAAACUCUUCAAGUAAUUCCAACAACACAGCCUGGAUCAAGAAAGGCUAUUUUAUAAGACUGCAACAGUGAAAAUGUGCUCUCCUAAAUCAUCAUAAAAAACAAACCACAAGGUCAGGGGGGUUUUAUACCUAGCCAAGUGAUCUUAAAAUAGGAGGCAGCCUUCCCAUGGUGCCAAAAAUUGUCUUUUCAUUUCUUUUGAAAUACGUAAGAUUAUUUUAUACUUCUAUGUUGCCUUUCUUCGAAGGCGCCUUGAAGCACUUUAUAACCAUGAAUCCUCACAACACCUCUGUGAGGUAGGUGGAUCGUACUUUUCCAUAUGGUAAACCUGGAGUUUGGAGUAUUUCACAACUGAGUUAAAUCCACUGAAUAACACAAUAGUGGUGCUCCAAGGUGCCUUGGACUUCUGCUCCAUACUCAAGACUUCUGGAAAGUUUUCUGUACCUCAUUCUUUAGUCAUUUUCAAAGUUAGUAAAUAAAAUAAGUGAC